CCGACCGGAAGUCCCUGUCCUGAAUGGGUCUCGAGCCUGUGGCCGCCACUCCUCCGUGUGGGCUUCACGCCGCGCGACUCCGGAUCUCGGAUCCCGUCGGCCGCUAGGUUCAUGUGGAGGCUCCCAGGCCGCGUCGCGCUUCGUCGGGUCCGGUCGGUGGCGGAGCCGUGCAGCCGGGCCGAGGCAGCGACCGACGAGACGGUGCGCGCCAUGGAGCGCGCUGUGGUGCGCUGUGUGCCCUCGGAGCCCAAGCUCAGCCUGUCUUUCGCGCUGGCCGACGGCAGCCACAAGAACAUGCAGCGCGACCAGAGCGAGCCUCUGGGCCGGGCCCUCAGCCGGAUCGCCACCAACGCCCUGAAGGGCCACGCUAAGGUCGCCGCCGCCAAGAAGAACAGGAAGAACCGAGCCCACUCGAGCGGCGGCGCGGCCUGCGCGGCGACGGGGCCCGAGCCGGCCGCGGCCUGCGAGCCGGUGGUGAAGCUCUACUACCGAGAGGAGGCCGUGGCGGAGGAUGUGCUCAACGUGGAUGCCUGGCAGGACGGCGCGGUGCUGCAGAUCGGCGACGUCAAGUACAAGGUAGAGCGCAACCCGCCUGCCUUCACCGAGCUGCAGCUGCCGCGCUACAUCAUGGCCGGCUUCCCGGUGUGCCCUAAACUCAGCCUGGAAUUUGGGGAUUCCGCCAGCUCCGUGUUCCGCUGGUACAAAGAAGUCAGACCCGGUGCGGCAGAGCCCGGGGACAGCGGCCUCGCGUCCUCGUCUCACGCUUUGCCGUCUUCGGCCUGGACCGAGACGGGUGUCGACGAGCGCGUCUACACCCCGUGCAAUGCUGACAUCGGGCUCCGGCUCAAGCUUCGCUGCACCCCGGGCAAUGGGCAGCGCUUCGGGCCAAGCCGCGAGCUGGAAAGCGUGUGUCCGGUGGAGGCUGGGCCUGGCACCUGCACUUUUGACCAUCGACAUCUGUACACCAAGAAGGUGACGGAGGACUCCUUCAUCCGUACUGUCUCCUACAACAUCCUGGCAGACACGUACGCCCAGACUGAGUUCUCUCGGACAGUCCUGUACCCGUACUGUGCCCCCUACGCCCUGGAGCUUGACUACCGCCAGAACCUUAUCCAGAAGGAGCUCACGGGCUACAACGCGGACCUCAUCUGUUUGCAGGAGGUGGACCGCGCAGUGUUCUCCGACAGCUUGGUACCGGCCCUGGAGGCCUUCGGGCUGGAGGGCGUGUUUCGAAUCAAACAGCACGAAGGCCUGGCCACUUUCUACCGCAAGUCAAAGUUUACCCUCCUUAGCCAACACGACAUUUCUUUUCAAGAAGCCUUGGAGUCGGACCCCCUGCACAAAGAACUACUAGAGAAACUGGCUUUGAACCCUCUAGCGCAGGAGAAGGUCCUCCAGAGAUCGUCUGUCCUUCAGAUUUCAGUUCUUCAGUCUACAAAGGACUCUUCUAAAAAGAUAUGUGUUGCUAAUACCCAUCUCUACUGGCACCCAAAAGGUGGAUACAUUCGUCUCAUUCAAAUGGCAGUAGCUUUGGUUCACAUUAGACAUGUUUCAUGUGACCUGUAUCCUGGCAUACCAGUUAUAUUUUGUGGAGACUUUAAUAGUACACCAUCAACAGGAAUGUAUCAUUUUGUCAUCAAUGGCAGCAUUACAGAGGAUCAUGAAGACUGGGCUUCCAAUGGGGAAGAGGAAAGAUGCAACAUGUCUCUCACACACCUUUUCAAACUGAAAAGUGCUUGUGGUGAACCUGCUUACACAAAUUAUGUUGGUGGCUUUCACGGAUGUCUAGAUUACAUUUUCAUUGACUUAAAUGCUUUAGAGGUUGAACAGGUGAUACCAUUACCUAGUCAUGAAGAAGUUACCACCCACCAGGCCUUACCUAGUGUUUCUCAUCCUUCUGAUCACAUAGCACUGGUAUGUGAUUUAAAAUGGAAAUAGAUUUUUGCUUCAUUGCGUCUGAAAAGGAAGCUAUUACUUUUCAGAAAAUUUAAUAUGAAUCAGAGCUUAUAUAAAAAAAAUCUUCAAAGAGGAAAUCUAGUCACUAAACUUUAUUAUGAUCAUUCCCUGUUAUGUCCCAGAUGGCUUUGUUACAGAACCAAUUCAUGUUUGCAUCAUAUAAUACCCUUUUCCUCUUUAUAAUUUCCUACAUGUGGAGGAAAACAUAUUUAUGAUUAGCCAAGAAAAAAAUUGAAUUAUUGUGUACAUUUUAUAAGUUUUUUUAAUCUGGUAAUUAAGAUUUUUAAGUACUCUUUGAAUAAUCUCAUAAUUUUUCUUUCAUAACACAUUUUACAUUGAAUUAUGUUCAUAUAAUUGGGGGAGGAGGGGACAUGCAGGUAAAAGAUGGAAGACUUCAGAGAGACAUGGAAUACAUUAGUCUAUCACUACCUCAGUUUGGUUAGAAUUUAUUAUAAUUUUAGAGCUUUAACAAAAGAUUAAAAUAUUCCAUUACCAAUUUUUAUAGCUUCUUCAUUUUUCAGUUAACAAGGUAUUUUCUUUGUCAUUUCUAGCAUUAUGUGUUUAGUGUACAAAGGAUGGCACAAAUGUGCAUAAUCUGUGUUCUCAUUCACCUUCAGCCCAUUUUAAUAGUAAGGUGCAGGCACGGUGGACUCUUCAAAGGGAGCAGCAACAGCACUUGAUCCUCUUGUCCUCACUCUUGAUCGUGACAAAUAUAUGUAAACACACAGGGUACUUGACCGUAUGAUGGAAAGUUACAGCACAGUUACUUUAUGAGAAACUUCUGAUAGGGGCUUCAAACUGUACAUGAACCAUUGAGCAUUGCUAUGCUGGAAGUGUUUUCAAAAUUGUAGUUUUUGUAAGUAGGAAAAGGGAGCCAGGCAUGGUGCUUUAUAGCUGUAAUCCUAGCACUCAGGAGUCUGAGGUAGGGCUGCUUUGAGUUCAAUAGUAGUCUGGGUUACACAGUUCAAGGCCAGUUUGGGCUACAUAAAUGGAAAAAAAGGGACACAGUGGGCUUUUGCCAAUAUCUGAAAAAACUUUUUCUUUUUCUUUUUUUGGUUUUUGGAGACAGGGUUUCUCUGUGUAGCUUUGCGCCUUUCCUGGAACUUGCUUUGGAGACCAGGCUGGCCUUGAACUCACAGAGAUCCGCCUGGUUCUGCCUCCCGAGUGCUGGGAUUAAAGGCAUGCGCCACCACCACCUGGCUGAAACAAACUUUUUAUAGACUUAAGGAUUAUAGUUUGAGUAACAGAAGAGUGCCACAUAAUUUAUAUAUAAAAGAAAAUUUAAAAAUGAAGCCAAACAUUUUAAGAGGAGAAAUUACAAGUUGUAUUAAUUAGUAUCUAGUUUAGAUAACUAAGUUUUACUAAAUUUGUUGUUACCAUACCUUACUGGUAAUGCUUUGGCUAUUGCUUUUUGAUGUUCAGAAUUCACACUAUAGCAUAGCUCAUAUUUCUGCAGUUAAUUUCUGGCUUAGAUAGUAAAGGCUUGUCACCUCAAAAAGAGGUUUAAUUUCCCAGUCUUAAAGCCUUUACCCAAUACCAUAAAAACUUUCCUCUUUUGAAAAUGUCUUUUCCCCCAUAUUCUUCUAAUGUAGUUUGUGUUUUCAUAUUCUAUCAGAUACCCUUAAGUUAUUAAGUCUGAGAAUAUAUAACCAUUUCACUUGUACUGCAGAUUGAACCUUAUUCAAAUUAUUUAAAGGGAAAUAAUCAUUAAGGUGGCAGUUUUUUGGAAUCUUGUUUAAAAAAAAAUAGCUCAUGAAAAAUUGAUGCUACCAAAUUGUGCCUUCCUAAAUAUGGUAGUGGGUUAUUUUGUUUGUUUCUUUUCCUGAGGAUCAAAUUCAGGGCCACUGAGUUACAUUCCCAUCCAUAUAUUUUUUUGAGAGCAUUUCAAUGGCAGUUUAUAUAGUCAGAACUAGUUCUUUUGCAAAAUAUUUUUUCAAGAUUAUUUCUGUGUUGCUGGGGAUUGAACCCAGAAUCCUGAGCGUGCUAAACAUGUGUAGUACUGCCAAACUACAGUAGCAACACUUUUUAAAAUUUGGGCUUGUUUUGCUUUCAAAUAUGCAUGUUCACAAACUUUAAUACUAACUCUUAAGGAGUUGACAGUAAUUACUCAGCAAGAAGUCAACAUUUUGAAAGAAAACUGUUUAAUGUGAGAUUAUUUAUACCCACAAAAAAAAAAAAAAUGCAUUGAGAUCCUGUAUUUAAUCCCAUGGUGGGCUUGAAUUGUGGUCAGAGAAACUAGGAUUUACCAAACAUCCGAAGUCCUUAAAUUUUAUAUUUGUGGAUUGAAUGAUAUAAUCAGAUUAUAUACCGAUAUUUCAGGAUAUUCAGAUAAUGAAGUAUAAAGACUUGACUAAAAGAGCAUACGGGUGUUAGGAUGACUGGAGUGCAAGACAGGGAACUCUACAAAAUUCUAUACAUCCCAUACCAAAAUCUGUUUGUACUUGCAAGUUAGUACACGGUGUUAAUCAGAAGUGUUUAAGCUAUCUUUGUGGUUGAGUUUUUCUAUUGCAUUUGGAAUUUUUAAUUCAUUUAAUUUUAAUAAAUAUGAGAAGUCUAGCAACUUUGGGGUAAACCACAUUUUAUGUCACAAGUUCUUGCUGAAGGAAAAGUGAAUAUUUUAGAGCGGGUUCUUCUGUGAAAAUCAACUCUUAUACAGUUGUCCCCAUAACAAACACUAACAGUUUGUAAUUCAUUUGUAAGACCAUUUCUGGCUACAAUAUUCAGGCUUGGUAUGUUUUUCAGGUUCAUCUGUGUUAUAGUAUGUACCAAUACUUCAUCUUUUUUUUUUAAUAGCUGAGUAUUUUCUACUGCGUGGAUAAUACAUCUUGCUUAUCUGACCAUGUGGAUUGAUGGGUUUUUUUUGUUUGUUUUUUUUGCUGUCGUGAGUAGUACUAUGGAUAUUUGUGCUCAAGUCUUCCAUUGAACACUUUUUUUGGGGGGGGGGGGCAGUGCUAGGGAAUCAAAUACUAGAUUGGUGUAUGUUAGGCAAAUAUUCUACCACUGAGCUACAACCCAGAGCAUCUGUUUUCAGUUCUUUUGAGUAUAUACUUCAGAGUCAGUUGCUGGAUCAUAAUUCUCUUUAGCUUUCUGGAACACUGCUAGGCCUUCUCACCAUGGCUACACUAUCGUAUAUAUUCUCUCACUGUUGUACAGACAUUCAGUUUUCCCUCCAUCCUCUCAAACUUAUCUCUACCACCACUUUUUCCCCAACCCACCAAGAGAGACUUCCUCUGUGGAGCCCUGGCUGUCCUGGAACUCCCUUUGUAGAUCAGGCUGGCCUCGAAUUUUAGAGACCCACCUGCCUCUGCCUCCUGAGUGCUGGGAUAAAAGGUGUGUGCCACGUCACUGGGCUUUUACUCCCAUUUUUUAAAUGGUCAUCCUAGUUCAUAUGAAGUGAUACUCUAAUGACGCAUUUCUAACUUUUGAAUUGAAGUUGAUGAAGUCAUAAGCAUGCUUUAUUCUAAAUAGUUUACCAAACCUCUUUUUCUAGAGCCUACCUUCAGCAACUGCUACUUCUUUUUAUGGGUUUGUGUCAAGUGGAAAAGGUCUUACUGCUUCCUUUGAAGAAAACUAAAUAUCAGAGUUCAAAAUACCACAACCUUGAAUGUAAACAAAAAAUUAUGGUAAAAACCCAAAAUGUUCAUAACAAAAGCCAUUUUUUUUUACACUUCAGCAAUUUGAGAGAACUUACUUUUAAAUAGGACCAUUUUAAAUCCAGAUUAGUAGAUAGCAUGAAUGUAUAAAUACUAAUUACUGAGAAAUGAGAUAAAUAUAAUUGAGUAUAAUAAUAAAUUAUAAUGUGUAAUCAUAAAAAGUUCAAGCUAUUAGAUUUUUUAAAUCCCUAAAUUCAAGGUAACUUUUAAAAUGUAAGCCAAUACAUUAAGCUGACAUUUACCUUGUUAAAUAAGGGGUGGGGAACUAUUACUUGGCCACCUUUAGUAUAGAUGCUAAAAUUUAUAUAAAAAUUAUAAUUUCAAACAUUAAGCGUAAUCUGUUGAGUUGGCUGGUACCAGCCUCUAUAUAACUAUUAAUGAGUGACAUCUGAAACAUUAAACCUAAGCCUGAAGAGACCACUCAGUGGUUAAGAGUGCUCACUCUUCCAGAGAACCUGAGGUUCAUUUCCCAGCAUCCACAUGGUGGCUCACAACCUCCUGUAACUCCAGUUCCAGGAAUCCAGUAUCUUCUGCUGGCAUCUCUGGCCAUCAGGCAUGCACCUGGGUGCAAAGACACAUGGCAGGCAAAACACCCAUACCCAUAAAUUAAGAAAAAAAAUUUUUUUAAAUGCCAUCAACAAAAAACAUUAAAGCUGUCAGUUCAGCUGGCUUAAUACCACUUUCAUCUGCCAGUCGGAUACAUUCUGAUAGGAACCUCUUGUUGAUUUGUCAAAACCCAAGUUCCGUAAUGUUUUGUUUUUUUUUUCAAGACAGGGUUUUUCUGUGUAGCCCUGGCUGUCCUGGAACUCAUUCUGUAGACUAGGCUGGCUUCAAACUGCCUGCCUUAGCCUCUGGAGUGCUGGGAUUAAAGGCUUGAACCACCACCACCACCAGGCUUAAACUGGUUUUUAUUGUUAAGAGCUAUUAGUAUAGUUAGUCACAGAGUAACAGAAACCCUGUACUUAAGGUCAUCACCCUGUUUGCCCUGACAACCCUUUACCUGUUAUUUCCAUGAAAUGUCUGCUUUGGACUUUCAUAAAUGCAAAGAAAUAUAUUCUUUUGUGAUUGGCUUCUUAAACUUAGGCUGUUUAGGUACUUCCAUAUUGUAGCAUCAAUACUGAGCUUUUUUUUAAAAUGUAUUUUUCCAUUGUUAGGUUAUACUACAUUUAUCUACUUACAGACUUUGUUAGGUUAUACUGCAUUUAUCUACUUACAGACUGGUGGGUAUUUGUACUGCUUCCACAAAUAAUGUUGCUAUAAACAUUUGUGUACAA